AUCAGCAGACCACCACCCAAUCACACCAGCUCUCUCUAGAGCUAGCCCUCUCUUCCUCCAACACUUGUUGAUCCCCUCCCAUCUCCUCAAGCCUUCUUCACUGAAUUUCUGGCCGGUCGAUCGUCAUGCACAGCUACAGAGCCAUGCACCCGUACACUCAUCACUCGUACCAGCACCACACCGCGGCCGUUGCGCCCACCAAGCACGGCCACGGCCACGGACAUGGACAUGGCCAUGGCGACGAGGAGGACGACCAGUCCAUGCUGCUCCUCUCCCUCUGGCCUCCUGGCCACCACCACGGCAACGCCGCUGCUUCAUCGGCGUGCUCGUCUCCCCCGAUCUGCGCCAGCGCCACCACCACCUCUAUGGCAGCCGCUGCCUCCUCCCCCGCUUCUUACCCUUGGCUCACCCACCAAAGCCUUUACAAUAAUGCCGGCUGCGGCGGAGGGAGCAGCAGCAGCAGCCACAGUAGCUUCCUGUUCCAGGAGCAUCAGCAGGAGCCAGGUGUCAGCAUCUCACUGUCCAUAGCCCCGCCGUGCAGCAACAACGCGGCUUCGUCCUGUGGUGGCGGUGGCUUCGCUGCACCGCCGGCGGCACCGUCGACGGUGACGACGACCGUGACGCCGGGCGGGGGCCAGGUUCCCAGACAGUACUGGAUCCCCUCCGCCGCCGAGAUCCUGGUCGGCUCCACGCAGUUCUCCUGCGCCGUCUGCAACAAGACCUUCAACCGCUUCAACAACAUGCAGAUGCACAUGUGGGGCCACGGUUCGCAGUACCGCAAGGGGUCGGAGUCCCUGCGCGGCGCCAUCACGGUGGGCACGGCUCCGCCGGCGUCGCUGAUGCGGCUGCCGUGCUACUGCUGCGCGGAAGGCUGCCGGAACAACAUCGAGCACCCGCGGGCGCGGCCGCUCAAGGAUUUCCGCACGCUGCAGACGCACUACCGGCGCAAGCACGGCGCGCGGCCGUACGCGUGCCGGCGCUGCGGCAAGCGGUUCGCCGUGCGUGGGGACUGGCGCACGCACGAGAAGAACUGCGGCAAGCUCUGGUUCUGCGUCUGCGGCUCCGACUUCAAGCACAAACGGUCGCUCAAGGACCACGUCCGCUCCUUCGGCGGCGGCCACGCGCCGCACCUCGUCGAGUCCGUCGCUGUCGAGGACGAGGAGGAGGAGGACGACGACCACGACGACGACGACCUGCAGACUUUUGACGACAACGGCGGCGCCGGCGCAGACCCCAGCGACAUGGUCGUCAUCUAGGUCUAGGCUUCCUCAUUCGACCGAUCUAGUACUACUACUACUACUCCAUCGAUUGACAUGAAUAGUUCUCGAUCCGCCACUUAUUAAGUUAUUAGCUAGCUUGCUCAUCCCUAAAUUAGCUGCCGACUUUUUUAGCUAGCUAUAGAUUUCAGUAGCUUAUAUACUAGCUUGUUGGUUCUGAUUAGAGCUGCAAUA